UGUGUGUGUGUGUGUGUGUGUGUGUGUGUGUGUGUGUGUGUGUGUGUGUGUGUGAUUGUGUGUGAGGGAGAGAGAUGGGGGUAGAGAGAGAGGGAGGGAGAGAAAGAGAGGGAGAGAGUAUAUUUUUGCGCAACUAUAUAAGAAAUAUCGCCCGCAAAACUGCAAACACUUUGCUCUUGGCAUUCAGCUAGUGAGGAUGUCACGACACCUGGCGGCGAAAUACCUUGCGAGUCAUCGCAAGCGGAAGCGUGAGGAGAGAGAGAAGGAGAACAGAGUGGUGGCGCCACUGAGGCAAGCUGAGGAGACGAUUGCUGAUCGUGAUGAGGAGGGAGAGCAGGAGAUGGAGAAGGAGGAGGGAGAGCAGGAGAUGGAGGAGGAAGAGGAGAUCAAGGCACCGAAACCGCGGAGGCCUGCCAAGACGAGCGCUGAGCGCGUCAGGGAAUUCCGCCAGCGGAAGAAACUGAAAGCGCAAGAGGAGGCCGAGCGAGGAGGUACAGUAGCGGCCGGUAACCCAGCAGCAACUGUGAAUUUGGAGCCGAUGCCCGGCCCGAGCACGGGGCCAGUACGGUUCUACCCACGACCUGACCCGGUACAGAUUCCGUCGGGUUCUGGAAGGGGCACGUUCCAGGCCGAUUCCGAGACAUUUCUUGGUGAGUUUUUAGCAAAAAGUGAUAAACUGCAGAACAAAGAUUUGCUUUAAUUUUAUUGUCUAUUCUUUUAAGACAAGAUAACGCCAAACUGUGAAACCAAGAUUUUUAACUUUCGCUAAAUUCAACAAAAUUUUACAACUUAGCAAUAUAAUGCUGAUCAUGUUUGAAAGUUUUCA